AUGUCAUUAUCAAUGGAAUCGAACUCAAAAAUUAAAGAACUUAUUGAUGCAAAACAAUAUAAAGAAGUUCUCGAUAUUGUCGAUUCAAAAUUUGAAUUAUGUAUAGAUUAUACUAUCAGUAUUGCAAUAAAUACUUGUAGUAUAAUAAAUGAUUAUAAUCGUGGUUUGAAUAUUCAACAAAAACUUCCAUCAAAUUCACUUAAAAAUUCUUAUGUUCAAGCAUCAUUAAUUUGA